GAUCCUUUUGAUCAUGGAGAUGAAGAACGCGACCGCUUUUAAUACCCCAUUUCUCUCCCUUUCCACUUUAUACUCUGCUUUUGAGUUAAUGCCCCAUCUCCCCGCUUUUAAUCCCUUUCCGUCCGCUUUCCCUUCUGAUUUCACUCCCCAUUGCUCACCAUUUGCCUCGCGUUCUUGGAAAUUUUCUUAAACACAUUACCCUUCUUCUUUCCCUCUUCUGGAUUUCAGGGAUUUUCCAUCGCAGUGAUGAUCAAGUCCCCUUAUCUGAUACUUUGUCAAGUUCAAAAUCAGAUGUGUUCUUAAUUUGUGGAGCUGAGUAAAUGGGGAGCUGUUUGUCUAGUGGCAAUCAGAGUAGUUGUAAUGGUGGAAGCAAUGGAGAGGGAGUUUUUGAAUCCUGUUUGGGGAAUGGAGUUUGUGGUCGGAUUGAAAGAAACAGAACAUUCUCAGAUCAUGUUUUCUCUUUGCAGCAUUUGAAUUCUGUACCUAAUAGACUUGUUUAUAAUGGGAAGACUUCAAAUUCUUGCAUUUUUACUCAACAAGGUCGAAAGGGUAUUAACCAGGAUGCCAUGGUUGUAUGGGAAGACUUCAUAUCAGAUGGUGCGAUUUUCUGUGGCCUAUUUGAUGGUCAUGGUCCACACGGUCACGUAGUUGCACGAAAGGUUAGAGAUGUUCUGCCAAGAAAGCUUGUGUCAUUCUGGCAGUCGUCUCAGUUGAAGCGUGAUAGAUCGGAUAGAACUUCUUGUCUUGCGUGGCGUCGAAAGAAUUCAGCAGAUGGUGAAGGACAGGACAUAGAUGGCUCGCAGGAGGACAGAUCAAGUUCUUUAUGGAGAAGAACUUUCCUCAAAUCAUAUAAAGCCAUGGAUAAGGAGCUCAAAUCUGAUCCCAAAUUGGAUUGUUUCUGUAGUGGCUGUACUGCCAUCGCUCUAGUGAAGCAGGGCUCGGAUCUAUUCGUGGGAAGUAUUGGGGACUCUCGAGCGAUUCUUGGAUCGAAAGACAGCAGUGAUUCUCUUGUAGCAACACAAUUGACAGUAGAUCUAAAGCCCGAUCUGCCCAGAGAGGCUGAAAGGAUAAAGAAGUGUAAAGGAAGGGUGUUUGCAUUGCAUGAUGAACCAGAAGUCCCAAGAGUGUGGCUGCCAUUUGACAACGCGCCAGGAUUAGCCAUGGCUCGAGCAUUUGGCGACUUCUGUUUGAAGGACUAUGGAGUUAUCUCUAUUCCCGAGUUCUCACACCGCGCGCUUACAGAUAAUGAUCUGUUUGUUGUUCUUGCUUCAGAUGGGGUUUGGGACGUAUUGAGCAACGACGAGGUGGUUGAGAUAGUUUAUUCUGCCUCGACUAGGUCAUCGGCAGCUCGAAUGGUGGUAGACUUGGCUGCUCGGGAGUGGAAGCUCAAGUACCCUACUUCGAAAAUGGACGACUGUGCAGUCGUUUGCCUGUUCUUGGAUGGGAAAAUGGAUUCAGAGUCAGAAAAUGAAGAACAAGCUUCUUGUGCAACUCUUGAAACCAAUCAAAUGAGUAACACAGAAUGUUCAGAUGAAGAGCAGAGGUCUGGUGAGCCGAGUUUGCAACGGAAUUAUACGGUUCGAUCAUCGUCGGAAGAAAAGGACCAAAUUGGAGGAUUACAUUCACAUAGUGAAGAGAAUGAGGAAUCAAUGUCUGCUGAAGAUGAGAAUUGGCUGGGACUGGAGGGUGUAACAAGAGUAAACUCUUUGGUUCAACUUCCUAGAUUUUCUUGAACUAAGGCCAAUGUCGGUGAAGGCUGUCAUGUGAGAGCACAAUGCCAGAAAAACUUGGCCUUCACCUUCCAUGGAAGACUUUCCCUAUGAACAUGGAAUGAAUGAUCCAUUUGAAUGUAAAAGUAUAUUGAAUUUUGUAUAAAUUUGUAUAUUGGGUUCAUUCUCAGUUUGUAAUGUAUUUCCAAACGAUGUCGUAUUAAAUCUAAAUUAUUUU